AUAAAGCAAUUAUUGUCGGCGGAGGAGUCAUAUAUAAAUGACGUAGUCAUACUAACUGGUCCUUUUUACCCUCCAGAAAGCAAAAUGACCAAGAAGAGAAGGAACAACGGCCGUGCCAAGAAGGGACGUGGGCAUGUUCAGCCCAUCCGCUGCACAAACUGUGCCCGCUGCGUACCCAAAGACAAGGCCAUCAAGAAAUUUGUCAUCAGAAAUAUUGUGGAGGCGGCAGCUGUGAGGGAUAUCACAGAGGCCAGCGUAUUUGACGCGUAUGUCCUGCCCAAGCUGUAUGUGAAGCUGCACUACUGUGUGAGCUGUGCCAUCCACAGCAAGGUGGUGAGGAAUCGCUCUUGCGAAGCCAGGAAGGACCGCACUCCUCCACCCCGCUUCAGGCCCAGCGGUGCUGCCCCAAGAGCUCCUCCCAAGCCUAUGUGAUCUACAUUACUCUGAAGAGUUUUAUGGAAGAACUCAAAUAAAAUGUGCUCCUCUUUGGAAAAA